CGCGUCUUCACGAAAGGCACAUCAGCGACCUCACAGCAUUUAUGACUAUGGAAUGCCUGUCAACUAUAGGACAGGUGCCAACGUCGAUGAUUACGAUAGUACUGAAUCCGAUUUGCAAGGGAACAGUGUUAAUGAUGUGACUCGUCCUCAACUUGCACGACAUGUACGACAGGAAAAAAUGUUAAAGCGAUCCUCCCAAUUCCGCCUCCCUGUACAUCGCCGGAAUUCCCCAGACCAUUCACUCCCACAUGGUUCGCAAGAACAAGGAUGGGGGCAGCGUUGGAGGAAGCUGUCGAAAAAACUAAAGAGCAAGAAGAUCUCGAGUUUGGGAGUUGUAGAGCCAGAUAGUAAUGACCGUAGUCAAGGUGUUGAUGACCAUAAGAACAAUGAUCUGUCAGAAGACGAAAAGGCCAAACUUAAGGCAUUGAUACAAAAGAAGAAACUAUCACAUGAUCAGUUGCUUGAUGUGAAUGUAGAUGCUAGCCAACAUAUGGAUCGACCAAGGAGUUGUAUGUCAUUAGCUUGGGUGACUGUUUUGAUCUGUAUGUUCAUGUUCCUGUACAAUGGCGUUCUUAGCGUUCUUGUCUUCCAAGCAAGCCGGUUCCCGAAUGUAGAUACAAGCGUUCCUAUCUUUGCCUUAGGCUUACUUCUCGUAUUCACUGCGAUACUUCCAAUCUUCGGUCUCUGGGCUUGCUGGCUGCUGGUUCGCUCUUAUCGUUCUAGCUCUAAUUCGCCAUCCAGCUCGAGAAGGCCUCAAAUGCUGUUCAAGAUUUUUCACCUUCUCUAUUUCUUUACUGCUUUUGUGAUCUUUGGCUGUAUGCUGGGUUGGUUGGGUCUGAACAAGAUUCAGACGGGAUCUUGGGAUCGUAUGUCCUUAAAGGCAUCAUCGCUACUAGAGUCUUCUCCUACUGGUUCUCCGUUAAUUCUGAAAUUCGAGUCGAUCCUCCGACCGGACCCUAUAGAUCCAGAUAUGUGGAUCAUCAAUCCUAUAAUUUGGAUCGUAUCAUUUGCAACAAUUUGGUUAACGCAGGUUUACUCUUGGUACCGUCUCGUAGCAUUUGCCAAGAAGAUGCGGCGCGAGACCAUUAAAUAA